AUGGCCCAAGAACUGACUACUAAUAUUGUCUGGUAUUUGUUUGCUACUUGGCGGUAUGUUGACACAUGGACUAACUUUGAUAAUAAGAUCGAGGUCGAGGUUUUGCCCCUCUUUGAUCAACCCAAAACUUUCCCACAUUAUUUCCAUCUCCAUCACCUCCACAUCGCAACCAUGGUAUCAAGCGAGCAAGCCAGAUUAGGUUCACCCAAAGACAUCCUCUCUAAGAUAUCGCCAGAAGCUCGCAGGGACGCUUGUAACAAAAUCCUUGUCGCCUCUGGUCCAGUAUUCGUUUUCCAGGAUUCGACAAGCCGACCGGUGGAAUUCUUUGUUCUUGGCAAAUCAACGCAAUGGCCUGCACUGGCAUUGGCCAAGUUUCGGGAAUACGAUGAAAAAGAGACUGAUGCGGUUUUCUAUGGGUUGAAUCAUUUUCACCUGGUUGAUACUGCUGCACGACGCGAAACUUCGAUCCUACAAGCGUUUCUAGCUUCGCUCACGUCAACCAAUGCGCAUCUGCUAUCCCAUAUAUCUAUCAGCUUCCCUGCAUUUGAAGCGGCACAGGGACGACCUGAAGUGCUAGGAGUACAGAAGGAUGGGAUCCGCAGACUGGAGCUUCUUCAAGAGUAUUGCACCAGCCUCAAGACUUUAGAAUUCUACGUGCACAAUGGCAAUGCCUUUGGACUUGUCGAACAAUCUUCCAGCAAUCUACAGCCUCUUUACCAGGCAUUGUCAGAAGUCGACGCGUACUUGAAGGCUUUCUCCUCUUUGAAACGAAUUGUCAUUAGAUAUUAUCAUGACAGACCGACACCUGUGGUAGUGCGGUUGAUGCGGGGCCUUGGGUGGAGAGUCUUGAUGGGUGACCAUGAAGUACUGUCAGAAAAGAAUGUGUGUAUGGUUCCUGCUACGCCUCUGAAAGCAUGUAGCAAUGCGACCUAG